UGUAUGUGUGUGUGUGAUACAUGAUUACGGCAGAAAGUCAGCUUAGAGUUGAUCAAACGAAAUGCUUUCGAUUCUAUCCUUUUCUGUUUUAUCUAUUUACUAGUAUAUAUAUAUUUUCUUCAUUUGGUGCAAAUUUCAUCGUGUUGAUUACCUAUCUGUCAUUUCUUAUUAAUUCUUUUAAAAACUUCGUUUUGAGAAAGGAGAACAUCAUAACUCGGCGUUAAAGCAGAGGAUAGUUAGAGUUUGACAGUCACUGGUGUGAGGAGCCUAAGAAGGAGGUGGUGUAAAAAGCCUCGCAUCAUUACAGUCGUCACAGUUUGGGACAUUAUUUUAAGAGGGAAGUGUCACAUCUAUCUCUUCCGAGUCCUUAUCAAUUAACAACGUUGCCUGUUAUAACAAUAAAGUUAUCAAAAUCUCUCUCUCUCUCUCUCUCUCUCUCUCUCUCUCUCUCUCUCCAAAGAUUAUCUAUAAUAGCUGAUUCUUUGUAUUUUCACAUUCUUGAGUGUAUGCAUGCACAUGUAUAGUUAAGUAGUAAUCUUUCCACAAUCCUUGUUUUUAUUUUAUUUUCUUUGCUGAGUCUACUGUUUGCUUGUAAACAAAAGUUACGACACUCUUCAUGUUUAAAAAUCAUUAUUUUCUUAUGUGACUGGAAAACAAUAAAAAAAAAAUCAAAAUAAAUAUGGUUUGUAUUUAAUCUAAUGGAUUUUGGAGAAAUAGGUAAACGUUCCCACAUGUGAUGUAUAAAAUGUCUACGGUAGGUAACUAGGUAGGUAAAACACACAAAUAGUCUACCUACCGCAUGAUUAUUUAUGUAGCAUGAUAAAUAACCGUUAUGUUAAUGUUUGUAGUUGUUAUUGAAGAUUAUUUUAAGGUUUUGGGAGUCAAAAGGUAUUUCAAUUUUACUACCAAAAACAUAUUUUUUCCGUACGGCAUAAUUAUUAUUAUUAUUUUUUUUUUUUUUUGUAUUUGGAACUAGCCUACCACCACUUUGGCAGUUUCUUCUUGUCUUCUAAGAUUCUGAUAGUUUGAUGGUGCAAAAGUGACUGAAAAGGGAAAGAAGACCCUCCUCAAGGUAAGAGGAUGUAUGUGUUUGAAAUGUAGUGACAGCUGGUGUUUGGCGAUGAGCAGUGAGCAGUGGUAGAGGUGGGACUAGGGAGUGUCGAGCAGCUGAGUGCCGCGCCACCAGCCACAACAUGAACCUUGACAACACCAGCGUGGCUCAGCGAAAGUGUUAUUUAGUAUAACACGGGAAUGUAUUCUACCGUACAGGCUGUCUUUGUGCUUGACCUGAGUAACUUCGUGAAUCUGUGUUCCAGUGAAAGUGAGAUAGAACACCACAUCGCCAAAAUAAAGUUAGUGAGCUUAAAGUUGUUGCUAAAUUUUGGCGCGAAAACCGAGCGGGCAUUGGAAGGUGUUCGGUGGUCAUGGAAAUUUUACGAUUCUCGCACCUUCAGGCCGGACACCAGCAGGAGGCAGUUCUUGGACUUUGGAAAGAAGGCUUUUGGUGAAUUUGAAGCCGAACUUACUGAUAAAUAUUGCAAGGUUUUCGACAACCAACAAGAGGAAUGUGAACAAUCUGGGUGUCGACAGCCACACAGCUUUGUCUUGAAGAAGGCUCUGCAGGAGGUGCUGUUGGACUACAACUGGGACGGUCCUGACAUCAGCUCACCUGUUAAGACAAACAGAAGGAAAAAUGGCAAUGUGGGGCCAGUUGUGCCUCCUGCCAGCGGUGGGACGUACAAUGCUGUGGUGGUGGUGGCCAAUGUGCCAAGGGACUCUGAGGCAUCCUGCGAAGGAUCACCUGAAGACUUUUUGGCCAACGUGCUUGACGCCGCGAUGGUCAAAGCCUUCCAGGAGGAUAAGAAAAUAUCACUUAGCCUUUUAGACCUGUGGGAGGAUGCCAGUUGCCCGCUGCCCUCCAAACUCAACACAGAACUUGCUAAGCUGGGUGGCAGCCUGCAUAGCAUAACAAAUUUUAUCCAGACACAGCCCAAGCAAGUGGCCAAGACACAGGCCUUGUCGGCUAGCAUUCCAGAGUGUGGUCAGAAUGGGAUUGCAGUGUCCAGCCAACAAGUGCAGCUGCCAUGGCGGAGUGCCCGGAACAGCAGACCCAGAAAACCUCAGCCCGGCCCAACCCUGGUGUGGGAAGAUACUGCUGGAAUAUCACACCUGAGCAUCCAGCUUCAGGUGCUGGCUGUGUAUGGCAGCUGUUCACGAGCAUGGGGUACUGCGGCAGUGGUGGGAGUUGUACAGACUAACCAGGUGGCUCUGUUGGCACUAGCCCAGGAGACAGCCAGCUUGUACAUGUGUGUGGCUGCUAGUGAGACCUUUGGUGCCAUUGUAACAGUCCUUGCCACACACCAGCUUUCUCUGAUGCUACGGCUUAGUGGUGGCAGCCUGGCAUUGCUUAGUCCUUGGGGAGAGGGGGCAGGGUGUCUGGCUCUUGUGUCUACAUCAGGCUUGGCAGCCCUGGCACCUGAUAUGCCUGACUGCCCUCCCAGCACUCUUCAGUUUGUGUCAGCAGCUGUAAGAAAAUGUCUUAAGAAUGCUGCUCCACACACUGAGCAAGAAUCAACCUCCAGUAAGCGGUGGUUCUCAGCCAGCAUGGUCCAGAGCUGGUUCAGACCAAUUUCCUAUCCAGCUCUCCCUACCCUGCGUGCCAGGAACAAAUUGGCACCACAUCGGAGAGCAAUGUUGGAGAGGCUUCAGAAGAGAUAUCGACCUCAGAUACCCCAGCCACUGGCCACAGGGGAGACAGGCCCACUUGACCUUGUGGACAUCACUCAGCCCCCAGGAGAGUCUCAAUCAUCCCAAGCUACUUUAGCUAAACCCACCAUGACUCGGGCUCAGCAACUACUCAAGAAGAGCCAUAUAGUCACUGCACAACAGAGAGUGAAGGAGCAACUUGCAGAGGAAGAGGAGCGAGUCCAGGCAACAGAGAGGAGAGCAGCCCAGGCCUGUGAACGUGCCCUCAAGAGUCAGGCGCUGGAGACACAGGUCCUAAACACUGUUUCUGAUCCACAGGAUGAAAGAGAGCUGGUCCAGUCUCUGAUGGAUCUACGGGAGACAGCCGGGAUGGAGGCAGACAUCUUCACCACUGCCCAGACCAUUAUCAACCUGGCACUGGUUCAUGUCAAGAACACUGUCACUGCCACUCCUGCUGCAACAACUAUGCAGGAAGGGUUGGACAGAGUAUUGGGGUAUGGUGUGCUGCAGUCAGCUGCCGAGAUUCUCCAUCGUCCACAGCAAGAGACACACAUUCAUCAGUACAAAUUGCAGACUCUGCUACAUCUGGAACUAUUGUGGGUGCUAGGAUACUCAGCAUGCAGCAAGCAAAGUGAAGGGCAAGAAGAGAAGGAAGAAGAAGAGGAAGUAAAUAGAAGGAAGGAGCAUCACGUGGAAGAAGUGAUUAAGCUGCUGAGAGCCAUAUCCCUCCAUCAUGAUCCUUCCAUCAUGGCAAAAUUUCUUCAGGAAACUGUUUUGGAAAACUACCUGGAGACACUGGGGGAGGUGCUACUUGAAGUGUAUGAGGAACUCAACCAGCCACUGCCUCCUCCAUUGCGAGAUAUAGCAGGUGACCUGCAGUCCAUUCAAAGCAACUGGCUUCCUCCAUCUGUCAAAUCACAGGGAAGCUCGACCCAAUAUAGUGAGAGCCCAACUGGCUCAGGGGAAAACCCUGGCUCUAGCCGCUCCAGGGAGGGCAGGCGACAACGCCUUCGGCCACACCCGUCUCUGCAGGAGGCCAACAAGCGCAGCAUUGUGGUGCCUAAGGUUACAAGAGCCAUUAGCCGCACUCUUAGUGAGCAGGUCAGAUCCUCAGGUGGACAGCCUAUCUCCUCUGGUGCUUCUGGAGCUGCUGCAGACUAUAGUGGUGCUCCAGUAAAGAAUGUGUGCAGGAAUCUCUUUGAGCUUGGAGAGACUUCUCAGUCCUUUGCUAAGACCCACCUCCAGAAAAGUAACACCCAGCCCGGACAGAACACUCCUAAGAAGACCUCAGUGUUGGUUUCAAAGAUGCGGCAGCCUCCUCACAUCACCCCUGUUAAGAAGUCCACCUUUAGAUCUACCACUCCUUGUUUUAAAGCAGGAAACAGGUUGAUUAUCCCAGAGACACCAGAGAACAAGAUUGGUUCUACAAUUUUCAACCACAACCGUUGCCAUAAGAGCACAGGCACCACCUGCAUUGGAGAAAGCCCGGACAUUAAGAUGUCUUGCCGUGAGCUGAGUAAGACCACCCCUCGCAGGCUGCGGGCCAGUCUCACUGCUGCUCGUAGAAACUCUUUCUACUCUGGCGCUUCAGGUGCUCGGUCCCGUAACUGGGAGCGAGCCAGAACUCGGUUGCUGGCUGAUCACAUCAAGGGUCAUGCUGAUCGUCGUCUCUCAGACUCUGCUUCUCAGCUCUCUGUAAAUGCUGGCUUCCUCUUCUCAAAUAUUUUGUCUGCCAGUCCAUUCCCCUCUCCUUCAGGCCAGAUGAAAAAUGCACAGCAAACCUCAAAGCAAACAAUAACUCCAGAUAAGAGUGUUUUGGGUUCCAAUCUGAAUAUUGGUGCUGGCAAUGAUUCAGAGAAGAAAGAUGACAAUAGUGUUACAACAAAGGUCACUGUUGGUUCUCCACCUGGUGGUGUCUGUGCUAGAGUGGAGCUUCAAAAUAAGAAUGGGGUGGCAACUUCCAUGGAUCUUGGACACACACCUGUUAAAAGAGUAAGGCGUGUGCUGAUGUUGACCACACCAUCAAAGGCAUGUUUGGGCACCAGCACUUCACCAGAAAGAGAGUAUAACACACCUGGCAGCACUGGCACAGACUUCUCAGGAUUUUCAACACCCAUAAAGAAAUCACUUCCCCUGAUAGACAGAGAGCGUGGGUUUGAGGUUACUGAAACUCCUGCAACCGCCAUGGUCACCGAACUUCAUGACACAGAAUAUGCAGAAGUUCUUCAUACCCCACAAAACAAGAAAGUCCAAUUCACAUUGAAGUUAAGUCCCAAUGCCCCACAGACUCCAAAAAGAAUAGGAACUCCCAAAGGUAUCCUAAAAACUCCCAACAAAACUCCCUUGAAAAGUUCAUAUCACAGUCCAGUAAUUAAUAGCAAAUGUGCUGGCUCUUGGAGAAGAGAGGAUACAGCUGCUACCCCACACAAACGUGGUCCUCAGGAGGAUGUGGUGCACACUAGCAACCCUGUGGUGAAAGUGGGAAAUCUUGUGUCACAUAGUGAACAUGAAUUGGAGUUGCUGUCUCCAUCAAAAACUGUCAGACAACCUCUGGACUCAAUGCAGCAAAGUCCUCCUCUUUCAGAAUACUCCAAGAUGUCUCUCAGAUUAAGGAAUAAUCCACAGAAACCUUCCAUGAGUCCAAAGAAGUCUAAAAUAGUCCUUUAAAAUUAUGCAAAUCCUGGAACAUUCUUUAGUGGUGAUAGAAAACUAGCAAAGCGACUUGAGACUGUGGGUACUGAUUAUAUAGCUGAGUGUGAUGCCCCUGCCAGAGUAGCUGAAGUAGAUGUAUCUUUGUUGCCAGACAUGUCUAUAGAAGACAUAAAUCUAGUAAACUCUCUCAUAUUUGGAACUGUUGAAGUUUCAGAGUGUGAGAUACCAGUAUUGGAGGUAAGUGAGGACAGUUACCUAUUGGAGCAUCUUACCAGUCUGGAUGAUUCUGAGAUUUGUGACAGUGAUGAUGGUGGUAAUGAUGCUCCUUUAUCAUCACCCAAACUUCCAGACCUAGAGGCUACAGUAGCCUUACACUCCACCACAGACACCCUGGAUUUUGGAUGCAUGAGCCCAGUACUUCUCCCUACCCAGAGGGAGUGGUACUACCACAGGGCAGACAGUGGGGGUGGGAUUGCCCAGAUCACCAGUGAGGUGAGGGACUCUGAAACAAACUCUGCAUUUUGUAAUGUCAGCAGCCCAAAGGAGGUUUUGUCAUGUCAAGAUGUGCAAGACGUAGCCAAUUACCCUGACUCUGCACAUGAUUUGUCUGAGGUCAAUGGACCAGUACAUAAUGUGACUCAGUACUCAGGCUCCUCACAUGAUGCUGUUGCAGACACUGACUCCUCAUGUGUGUCGGAGGACACUAAUAUUUCAGUUGAUGUGGUUGUAGAUAUUGACUCCUCACAGGGUAUGGCUGAGAACUGUAGCUCAUUACAGUACGCUGAAGAAGAGGCUGGCUCCUUGCAACAUGAGGAGGAGGAGACUACUUCCUCACAGGGUGUGGAUGAUACUGGUUCAUCUCAGAGUAUGGAUGAAGGUUCUGCUUCAACACAGAGUAUGGAUGAAGAUUCUGUUUCAACACAUGGUGUGAAUAAAGGUUCUGUUUCAACACAGGGUAUGGAUGAAGAUACUAGCUUAUCACAGAGUGUGGAUGAGGACAUUGGCUCCAUACAAAGUGAAGAUGUUACUGGAUCCUCCAAGUGUGUGGAUGAAAAAAGUGAACCUGAGAGUAUACCUGUAAACUGGAAGUCCUCCCAGGAUGUGGAUGAGGAUACUGGCUCCACACAAAGUGAGUAUGUUACUUUCUCUUCCCAGUGUGUGGAAGAAGAAAGUGGAUCUUCUGAGAGUAUGGCUAAGAAUAGAAAGUUUUCUCAUGGUUUGGAUGAGGAUACUGGCUCCACACAAAGUGAGGAUAAGGGCUCUGGCUCCUCCCAGGGUACAGAGGAAGAUACUGACUCUUCCCAGGCCAUGGAUGAAGAUGCACUCUGUUCCCAGAGUAUGGGCUCUAGCUCUUCCCAGGGUACAGAUGAAGGUACUGACUCUUCCCAGAAUGUAGAUAAGGACACUGGCCCAAUACACACAACGGCAGAAGUGGCUCAAGAUGCUGGGUUCUGUGAUGUGCCUGAAGAUAAAGAUUCCUCAAAGAACUUGGAAUAUCUUGGUGAUUCUUCUCAUAUUGUGGCUGAGUGUAAGGCCUCUUUCCACUCUGUGGCUGAGAGUGUUGGCUCAAAUGGUGAUGCUGCCCACACAGACUUUUCAUAUGAUAGAGCAAAGAAUAGAAACAUAAUUUCUGCAUUAAAUACAAUUGAAGGUACUGAUGAUGUGUUCUCCAUGGCUGAAGAUAGGUAUUCUGUGGUUGAUGAGGCUGAAGCCAAUUGUGUUUGUGCUAAUUCUGAGGAUGCCAAGUCCAUGAGUUUUGUGAAACAGAGUGAUGAUCUUAGUUUGACCUUUGAUGCCAGAGAUGAUGGGAGUUCAUCUGCAGAAGAGGAAGACUAUCCUACAUAUUCAAAGUCAGAUCUUAAAACUGUAUCCUGCAAUUUAGAUGAACAACUGUCAGAACCACUAGUCAAAGAAAAAGUGAUCAGGAGAACACCAAGAGUCAAAUAUAAUGAAGAAAGUUUAUAUACAUCAUCCAAGAUGGUUCGUCCUACACAUGAGAGAGCUGUGAAGAAAUGCCAAAAAGGCAAAAGGAGUGUAAGUACUAAUAGUGAGGAGGAACCAAAUCAGACAGUCAAUCAAGAAAAUGUAAGUCGUAGAAGAGUACUUCGAAAAAGGAUCAGGAGACAGGCUGCAGUGCAAGCACGUCGCAAACUUGCUGAUUCCAUACAGGAGAUUAGCAGUGAUGAUGGUGAGAGCCAUGGAUGGGGUCAGCAGAAUUUGAAGAAAAGAAUAUUUGAUAUCUCAACUCCUGAAAAGAUGAAUGUUGGUGAGACAACUCUACCCCUAAAAAAUGUUGAGAACUUGCCUUACUCAUCAAACAAGUCAGGAUAUGUUGAUACUGUUGCAAAAGACACAGAGUCAAUACCAGCAACAAAUGUACAAAAUGCAGAGGAGCGAAGUGAUAUUUUAGAAGGUUAUGUUGAGCAGGAUCAUAAUUUUACUGCAGUUAAUGACUUCACUCCAAAACUGUGCCAACACUCUGAUUCUCCCUCUCUUCAGAGCACCUCACUUCCCAGUGCUAGUAGUGCAAGGGCCAACAGAAGACAACCAGGAAAACAAAGAAAGAAAAGUAAAGGGGUGAAGUUGACUCUUACUCGCAGUGGGGAUCAGUACCAAGUUACUAAGACGCAAAUUUCCCAAGGUAGCUCAGACCCAAAUUCUAGUGGUGAUCUGGAUUUAAAUCUUAGCUGCUCUGAUUUAAAUGACAAUUUGGACUCUUCAAAAUCAUCUGCUCCUGGCUCUUCAGGAAAGAUCAGCAAGAAAAGGGAAUCCUUUACACUGCUAACACCCCACAGAUUCACUCGUCACAUGUCCCGAGACAUUAGUUUAUCACCAGAUGUUUACCAACAAUUAAUUACUCUUUCUCCUCAGAGGCUUGGCAAGAAAGCCCAAAUAGACAGUAACGUGAGUAAGGGAAAGGACUGCAAUAAUUCUGUGGAUCAACCCAUGUAUGCUUCCACUCCGAGGGAUUCUGAAAAGUCUGAGGAGUGGAUAGUACACAACAGGAGUGACUCUCCUUCUACAAAGACUUUUGUUCGCAGACUAAAACGGAAACAUCAGAUUAUUGCUUCGCCUCGUGUGAAAUUGCCUCGCAUGCAACAAACCGAUUCCAUUGGUCAACAAGAAAAACAGGAAGCCGAAUCCACAGAGGACAAGUCUCCACUCUUCUUGAGGAAAAGACGAACAAAUUACUCAAACCCGUCCAUUCAGAGUUUGUUACAUUUGUCCUCGGAUAAGAUUCUGUUGGACCAGAGUCCUAACCUCAGAAAAGAUUCUCCUAAUAAGAAACAGGAAAAUUGUAUAUCUGAAGAAUCUUUAGCAUCACCACCUUCAAAUAAUGUGAAGUUGCGCUCUAGCAGAAGGCUCCUUUAUUCUUCUGUACAGUAAAAUGAGUGUAAGUGUAGAGUCAGUGUGAGAUCAACACUUCACUGCUAGACUGAUUGGUUUAGUUGACGCAGUGUGAAGUGCCUACCUCAAAGGAAGGUAUGUUAAGUGAAAGUAUGUAAAUGAUUCUAACAAAGAAAUUAGUCAAUAAGCAAAUAAGUGUGCUGCCUCUGUCUCAUCAAAGGAAAUUGGCCAGUCGCAUAUCAAAAUUAUGUGCGAAAAAUAAAGGUACCCCAAUGCUUUGCUGAAAACAUAAUUUAUCUGAAUAUGCUAAUUACAUAAUUUAAGAAACUAAUAAGUACAUAUGAAGAAAAUAAAGUAAUAACAAUAUAUAUAUAGCAAUUCCAUUAAUGUUCAAUGAAAAAUGAAUAGAAGAAAUCAUAUAAAUUACUAACAGAAUUGCAUUUUCCAUAACAUGUAUUCAUUUCAUUUGUAUUCAAUAAGAAGCAGAGCAAUGGGCAUUCUUGGGUGAAGGUGUUCCAGAUUGCAAACUUGAUGAAUGGCGUAUUACUAUGAAACAACCACUCACUGAGGCUCAGGACCUUAGUGAGUAUUUGUCAUGUGCUGUGAGAUUCAGUGACCUUAGAUGUUUGACUUUUAUGACAGGAGAGGAUCAGACAAAGGCAGGGAGGAAUUAUUUGCAACAAAGAGAUAAUUGUAUAGAUCUUUGGUCUACAAGAAAGAAGUGAAAGGAUGUGUAUAAGCAUUCAUUUGAUUUUGUGAGAACAGUGAGAUUGUCAUAUCCAUGGAGAUUUAUUUAUUUUCUUUAUAUACUAGGCUGAUAUCCCAUGUUGAUACUAUACAUUUGCACACAUGAAUUAAGAACUGAAAAAUUAUAGGCUUUACCCAUUGAUCCUAUCAUGUCAGAGUGGCACAGCAUACCUGGAUCUCUGCAUCAAUGCCUGACAAUAGAAUAUAAUCUUGUUUCAUCAUAGUGAACUCAUCUUAUCUGGUAAUUGGACCAGGUGUGAGAGAGCCUUCUAUCAAAAACCUGAAGCAUAACUCUGAAUUUAUUCUAGUUAACCAUUUUAUUUGUUCUUUCAUCACAAGCACAAACUUUUUUUUCUUGCAUCUGGUGUUAUCUUACAGUUUUCCAUUCAUGCCAUCCUGGGUAUUCUUUAGCUUUAUACCUCACAAAGGAUCUCAUUAUCUCCCACAAACUCUUCUUAUCUUUAUCACCCAACUCUCCUCCAGUAAUUGUAUCAGUUUUUCACACUUGCUUGUUAUCACUCUUUUUGUAUGCCCUGUCCUAUCCUUACUUGUUCCUGAGAGUGAACCAUCUCAGUGGUACAGGUUGAGUUUCAUCCUAGUUUACAGCCAUUUCUUGAGGAGAGGGAUGGUGUUAUGGCAAGACUUUAUGGACUUCGCUAAGCUAGCUAGCUUAUUGAAUUCUUUAGUCUUUGAAACCUUUAAGUAUGUCCUACAACAUGUGGCUUUUGGAACUACUGUAUGUUAUCCCCACCUUCCUGAAUCAGUGUUAAGAGGUUUAAUUUGUAGACUUGCUUCUUAAGUAAUCAACUUAUUUUUGCCAAUGUUUUUCUUUAAUAGCUAAUUUAAAGCUAUGGACAUCAGCACAAGGACGCUUUGGACAAAUCUAUCCAUCAUAAGUUUAAAGAAUACUAAAUAGGAAUUCAGUUAACAUGCCACACUUCAUGUCACUUGACCUACAAGGAGACAAAGUGGGUACAAAUUUGUGAAGGAGCACCAAGCUAGACUGCAUAUUACUUUUGUGUUCUCAUUGAAUUAGACUUCAUGAAAUUCACUGUAGAUAAUGUGUAUACUAUAUAGGUUUAUAUACAUAUUUUUUUAUUGUUGUAAAUGUAGAUUGGUCAUAUAAUUCUCAAGCUAGCUAGUUUGAGCUUUGAAAAUUACUCUAUAUAAUUAGUAUAUUUAUAUGUGUGUAUGUAUGUAUGUAUCUGCUUAUACCUGUAUAUGUUUAUACUUAAGUGAUAAUUGUGAUGCCAGCUUACUUGCUAUCCAAUGGCUGCCAAGGUAAUAUAGCUGGACCUUUUGGGCUGUGAAAUUGUACAGGCAAGCAGUGUGCAAUAACUGCUGUAGUGAACAUAAGAUUUUUAUUAGGUAGUGUUAUUAUUAAGUUUUAUAUUUCCUUCCAAAUGUGUAUGAAGAGCCGGUGCAAAGAGUUUGUUGCCUUUCUGUGCUGUCUUACAUUUUUGUAUUGUAAAAUUGUUUAUUAGUAUAAAAUAGAAACUGCCAGCUAGUAGUAGUCAGAUUUCCGAUUAUUCAGUCUGGUAUAAACAUCUAGCAACUUCAGUCUCAUCAUAAUGUUGAAUGAGGAAUUUUAUUUAUACAUGUAUAUUAUUUUUUUUUCUUAUUAUUUUUGUACAAAUGUAUGCUGAUUUGCAACUGUGUAUAUAUUGUUUGAAGGAAUUGAAUAGGAGUAAAAAGAAUUCUGUAAUACUUACAAUAAAUUUAAUAGCAACUUUA